AUGUUGUCGCGCUAUUGUGUCAUCAAAAUUUACACCUUCGUGAGCUUUUUUUUCAAAAGCUUUCACAUAGCUGCAACAUACUUGCUUCAUCCUAACGUCAGCGUGCUACAGAUAACAGCCUCCAUAUCCUAUCCGAUUGUUGAUUUACCGAUGCACCGCACAUUUUACUUCGAUUGGGGGUUUCAAAUGAACUACGACUUCCCCUAUAACCUCUCUUCCUUCUAUAAUGCGCCAAUUUGGAAGUUAGAGAAACGUGAUGUGAACAACGAUUAUCCUCGAGGCUUUAGUAAAUUGAACUUUAACAAUUUAGAAACACUGAAGUACAAUGGAGCAUUUAAAAAUUGGUUGGAUCCGUCUAAAAACGGACAUUUCUUCGAUUUCACAGCUGGUGAAUUAUAUAACUCACUGGGAAGCUUAAUAGAAAGCUAUGGCUAUCACCACAGUUGUUUACAGCAGAGCGUGUGUGACAUCGCUAGAAAUCCAUUUGAUGCUGAAGAACAUCACGUCAUUAGAGACUUGAUUACAUUUAUCCUAACGCCCUCAUGGCAUUUGGGUUUUGUUGCAAGCGAAGAAGCGCAGCGAAAAGCUUACGAGAUAGCAGAAUGGAGUGGUGUACAUGGUUUAAAUUGCAAAAGACUCUACCCAGCUUGCAAAAGAAAUAUUCUGCGUAUUAUCACAAAAGUGAUUUUCGAUAAUAGUUGAUUAAGUUAAUUUAUAAAAUUUUGUAAGUUUUGGUAUUUAUAACAUAAUAUUUAUAUUUUAAGUAUUUCUAAUAAUAUUAAUACAUUAAAUAAAAAUUUAUAUAC